AUAUGUUACAAAAUUCCUCACAAGCAUCUCAUGUCACUAUUAUCCAUAAUGAUUCUACUAUAACACCAUUUCAAUUUUUAUUAUUUUAAAACCGUCUAACAAUUAUCUUCAACAUCCCAUCAUUUUUCCCCUUGCUUUUGCCAUUUGACGACGGUAGAACUUUUCAAGAUUGAAUUUUUCCUCCUCCCAGGCUACUUUUUUACGAAAUUGCGAAAAUGGGGUUGAUUUGAUUGGCAGCAAAAAUGGAGAUGAACGAAAUCGAACAAAACGACGCCGGCGCAGCUUCCGCAGAGGACGUCGACAGCGAAUCCUCACAGCCACGAAGCUACCAAGAAAACCACCUCUACUCCUCCCAACACCCAGUGCGGCGGAAGGCCUACAUCUUCGACGGCGACGGAAGCUACUACAAUCAGGAAUGGAGUCUCAAAGAGGGCAAAGGCAAGGAAUUCUGCUGGUACCACGUGGAGCUCCCGAAAGGCAAGCAAAAACUCUCCCAAUUAGCCCAAUACCUAAUCGACGUCCUCUGCCCUCCGUUGAAGCUCCAAGACAUCCUUUCCCUCGCCAGCAACGGCCCCUUUUGCGGCAACGUCGACGGCGCCCUCGUCUUCCGCGUCAACUCCCCCGGCCCCCCUUCCAGCAAUUUCACAUUCAGGAUCGCAGCUAGGGUUACUGAGCACUCGGUGAUCACGGUCUCGUUAGGGAGGGUGCCUAGAUUGGGAUUCUCCCCUGCUAACGAGUCUCUGUUGUAUGAGAUUCCUGCUGUGGAGAGCUCUGAUUAUGGUGGUGAUGGUGUUAGUAGUAAGGGGGCUAUGGUCAUUAGGGAGCAUGUUUUGGAUUUCUUGCUCACUAUGAAUCACUCCGAGGAGGCUGACAAUCUGGUUCCUAGAUCUGUGUCUAAUCUCGUUGUGCAUAUAAUCGACACGCAUGUUGAUCAUCUUCAAGACACAGUGACCAAGCUCGAGAUCGAGCUUGACUCUGUAGAGUUUGAGCUAGACCUAGGUGGAUUCAACUCGAAGCAGCAGAUGAUUGAUGACAAGAAGUUCCCCAAAAUGCAUCUUGAUCUGCAGAGACUGUUGCAGGUGAUUGCGCAUAGUGAGCAAGUGUUUCCUCGGGUGAAGGAGAAGUGCGGGUCAAAGGACUGGUUCACGUACGAGGACAUUAUCGCGUUGGAGGAGCUCAUUGCCCUCAUAAGGAGCCUCAAGGAGAACGUGAGGUUCAUAGCUAACCGGGUCUCAGCGUUGCAGGCUGGACUCGACAGUUGGCAAUCAGAGCAGAUAAACAAGAAACUAUACUACCUGUCCUUCCUCUCCAUUAUAUUCUUGCCUCUCUCGAUAAUAACUGGAGUGUUCGGGAUGAACGUGGGCGGGGUGCCAUGGACGGGCCAGGAUGACCCUGAGUUGAAGGAUGGAUUCUACAACGUGGUGGUGAUAUGCGUGAUGAUGUUGGUGAUGGUCCUCCUCUGCUUCCUCUUCCCGGGGCUCUACAGCCACAUCAUGGGGUGGCAGAGGACGCGGACCUUGAGGAAAUGUCUUUCCAUUAAUCACAAGUCUUACAUUAGGCGGACCGGGGUGGGAGGCGAACCAAUACAGAGAAGAGGGUACACUCGUAUUUAGCCCUGCAAAGUUUAGACUGAUGUUUGACUCAGUUGUACAGAGGCUUUUCUUGUUAAAACUCAUAAUGAAGUAUUUGUGUUGUUUCUCUUGUAAAACGAUUUAGGUUACAUUUUAAAUGGAAAAAGGCUAUUGUUUUGUGGGCAAAUUGCCUAUAAAGUCAUGAACUUUCAAAA